AUGGCACGGUUGGACGAAAUCCUAGGCGAUACUCUAGAACGACGAAAGAAAGCGGGCAGACUACGACAGUUGACUGUGAGGUCUCCUGAGAAGAUAGACUUUUCCUCCAACGACUAUCUUUCCCUGGCCGCGGACACCGAACUCCAGAGGAAGAUUCUAGCCAGACUCGAGGAGAGGAUUUGUGCAACCGAACGAGGUGAAGUAGCAAGGGGCAUAUUGGGAUCGGGUGGCUCUCGACUUCUCGAUGGCAACUCUGAAUUCGCCGAGCAAUUAGAGGAGAAGAUAGCCGGGUUCCACGGCGCACCGGCCGCACUUCUUUUCAACUCGGCCUACGAUGCAAACGUGGGUUUGCUACAAUGUGUCCCGCAGCCUGGGGAUGUUAUUCUCUACGAUGAAGCCAUCCAUGCCAGCUCGCACGAAGGGAUGCGUCUCAGUCGGGCCUCGGCAAAGAUCCCCUUUGCGCAUGAUUCCAUGACGACGGCCGACAGCGACAGCCCCAAUACUGGCAGCCAUGAAGGACUUGAGCAGGUUCUGCAAAACCUCACAAAAGGCCAUCAAGGCAGAGCCGUGCGUGAGGGUUCUAGAAAUGUCUUCAUCUGUGUAGAGGGCAUUUACAGCAUGGAUGGCAGCGUAGCCCACCUGGCGAGGGUUGUCGACUUGGUGGAGAAAUGGCUGCCUCGACAAAACGGCUACAUCAUUGUCGACGAAGCGCAUUCGGUAGGGGUUCUCGGCCCCCAAGGCCGCGGUCUGGUCAGUGCGCUUGGGCUCGAAACAAAGAUCUGGGCGAUCGUCCAGGGAUUCGGUAAGGCGCUGGGUUCCGCUGGAGGUGUAGUAUUAUGCUCGCACACAACUCGGGCCUAUCUCGUAAACUAUGCCCGAACACUGAUCUACACAACCUCGCCGGCCUACUCAUCUCUAGUGAGUCUGGACACCAUCUAUGACUACCUCUUGGCCGGCAACGGAGACUGUCGUCAUGACCAGCUGCAGCAGUUGAUUGCACAUACGUGGCACCUGCUGCAAGCCAUGUGCUCUCGUCUCGCAGCAGCAGCAGCCUCAACAACCGAUGCCGCACUCGUCCGCGUUGAUCGUUUGCAGGCCAAGUCGCCCAUUAUACCGAUUUACACCUCCUCCCCGAGGAGUCUCGCAGCUUGGUGUCAGCAGCGAGGCUUCAUGGUCCGGCCAAUCGUAGCCCCAACGGUACCUGCUGGCACCGAGAGGGUCCGCAUUUGCUUGCACGCUAUGAAUUCGAUCGGCCAGGUGGAUGCGCUCAUCACAACAAUUGAGCACUGGGCCCGAGAACAAAAAUGUCUCUCAACGGCUCAGCAUAUGACGUCGCCGGGAACAGUGACGGGACACAGUGUGCUGCUCAAAUCUAAUCUGUAG